CGGCGACGUUAGCGGCGGGGAGGCUCAGACCCUCUACUUUACCAAGCAUGAUGUCUUUCUCCAGGGACUGAUAUCUCCUGACACCAUGUCCAAAAAACAUUAUCCACUGACUUCUCUGGCCCUCUGGUUGGCGAACUUGUUGGCACUGAAAUCUGGAAGUAGAGGCUACAGGGAGUGUGAUAAACGUGAGCCAAGAUACCAGGCUAGGCUCCCAUUUGUUUGGUACAGAGGCUUGGACACAGCUGACUGACCAAACGCUCAGAGGAGCCCUGGGGAGGCAUCAUUUGUCCCUGUUUCCCUGGAGUGGGUAGAGCCCAGUGACCCAGGUGAGUCUCUACCUUACUAUAUAAACUUGCAGUCAUCUAAAAUAAUGGAUUUUGUUCCCAAAAGAGAGGGGUAGGGGUGUGUGUGUGUGUGUGUGUGUGUAUAGUCAUUUGGGUAAAAAUAGGAACCAUUAUACUUCGAUGGUAAUGAAUGUGAAAUGGAGCACUUAACAUCUCACAUGGCACAAAUGACUAAACGGAAGCCCUGAGCCUCUCUUUAUGGAACACAGGUUCAGCAAGAGCUUCGGUAAUAGUGUUUGGUUAAUGUCAGCUCAGCAUUAAAUUUACAUUACACUCCUGUGAAGAAGCUCCAGCAUUACCUGUUAAUAGCCAAGGCGGUACCUGGGCUUGUAUAGCCCUUUAAAUUUUGCACAUGAACUAACAUUUCAGCUUGCUGAUGAGAGAUCAUGUGAACCUGGAGAUUUGAUGUGCCCACGGAUUCUUUGUAGGAAUAAAAAUUCUGGUCAGUGAAGGUCAAUUUCUCUACUCAAGCGAGAACAAUGUUGUUUUCCUUCUAAUCACACACACACAGGACUUAAAGUAGCCCAGAGCCCCACGUAAGUGAUGUGCAGCCAUAGCCUGGGCAGCCCCUCAUGCAAGAAAUGAAUAAUCCUUAAUAAAGGCUCCAACAACCCUGACUUCUUUCUGUGCUGUAAUCAGUUGCUUUAAUGGUGUGCCCUUCAGUGCUCACAGGGAAAAGGCUAUAAAGUUAAGCUGUCGUCCUUAUCUUGCUUCAAGGAGGGCUAAAUUGGGCCAAUUCAGUCUUCCCCCCAUGUUGUAUUUGAUUCUGUCAUAAAGACCACUGAAAUCGGCCUCAGUUUUGUUGAAAGGCCAGCAUUCACUUUCUCUUUCAGGGUGAGCUGUGCCUCUGUGAACGGCACUGGACUUGAACCAGCAGGAAGUCACCAUCUUUAUUGUUAGGCUGUGGAAUUUGUUUUAGGCACAUUCUAAAUCCAGUCUAUGCCUUUUGCUUUUUUUUUUUAUGUCUGGGACAAAGGUGACCCAGUUGUAUUUCUUUGAUACUAUGAACACAGCCUUUUUUGCUCAUAUCACAGAAGCAUAUGACAAAAUACAAAGGAUAAAACUAUGUGUGUGUAGUAAGGGCACAUAUUUCAUGACUAAAUUGAAUGACAUAAUCAAAAAAGUGUUGUCCUUUCACAGUCAUGAGCUAACAGGCAGAGACUGUCUCUCAGGAUAUUUAAUAGUGCUGAAAUACCAUUCAAAAAUAAUAGAACUAAUGAAAAUGUCACAUUGACAGAGUAGCCCAUAUUAAGAUUUUACUUCAAGAAGGCAUUACUCGGUGAAUGUGACAUUGACAGCAAUGGUGUUAGGGUUUACAGACUUAGUAAAAUGUUCUAAGAAGAGUAUUACAGAGUUGCAGCUGGAGUGUGUCAUGUUUUCAUUGUACUUUCUCUUUUCUAGAAUUAAGUGGACACCAGUGUUCAGGAUUUCGGCCUUAAUAUUCUUAUUUCUGCCUAGGAAAGGGGUAGUGAGCUCUUUCUUCAUAUCAAACUCUAAUGCAAUUGUAAAAUAUAAUGCUUUCAACGAAAUAAGUUAAUUUUACAAUAGGGUAAAAUGCAUGUGCCUUAGGGCAUUUGAAAAAUAUGCAGGUAGUAAAAUUGCAUAAUGCUGGUGCAGUCCUCCGUAAGCAAAUAUGCCAUGUUUAAGUGAUUAAAAACAUCUAGAAAGGUGGAAAUGGAGGCUAACAGUGGAAAGGGACUUAGGUUGUAAAUAGAUUGGUUGUAGCAUCACUGAAGACUUUACUUAGCUCUCUGGGUUGGUUGAACAAAUAUACCAACAAAUCUGGAAUGAAUAGCAGCUCUGUUUACUCUGACAGGUUUUAUUUGUCUUGGGUGCAACCAAGACUACAUGCUGUGUUUUGUCAUGUUGGAAAUACUGAAGCAGAUUUCCAUUGUGGAAUGUCAGUUUUUUUUUUAAAGCCUUAACACCUCAGUCUCAACUCAGCUGGGUAAAAGCAGUAAGUUUUCCUUUCCUUACCAGCCAGACAUCAAUAAAUCUUAAAUCCUCCACCAAAAGCAUGUAGCUACGGUUCACUGUCCUGGUUGUAGUCUUAGGUCACUGCCAUAGAUGGCCUCAUCCUUCUCAUUUCUGCCUUUACUCUAACAAAGCCGAUUUUUAAAUUUUCUUUCUCCUCCGUUUGUAGUGCAGCUUCUUUAACUCAACACCCUGUGAGGGUGCGCCACUGUAGGCAUAGGGCCUUCCCAAAUCCAGUGAUGCGGAAAUUUCUACCUAGCCUAAACAUAGUCAACAUUCUGUUUUCCCCCUCAUUUAUAUCCUGUGUGGACAAAACUAUGUUUAUAAGCUUUGUCUCCAACCACAUCCACUUACUGGAGUUAUUAAUUCUGCUGAAUUUAUGGAAAAUGUGUAUUUGUUGUUGUUAGCUGCUGUCGAGUAGACCACUGACUCAUAGUGAUCCCAUGCACUAUGGGAUCAGACUGUUGUGAUCCACAGGAUUUUCACUGGUUGAUUUUUCAGAAGUAGAUCACUAAGACUUUCUUUCUAGUCUGUUUUGGUCUGAAUGCUCCACUGACACCUCUUCAGCAUCAUAGCAACACACAAGCCUCCACUGACAGACAGGGACAGGCUGCAUGUGAGGUGCAUUGGCCAGGAAUCAAACCUGGGUCUCUGGUGUAGAAGGCAAGAAUUCUACCAUUGUUUAACACUUACAAUAGCACAGCAUACUGUUAAAUUGUGUAGAUUAACUUUACACCUUGGGACAAUGCUGGGUAGCCUAUCCUAGUGAAAGUCUCAUCACAUUCCUUUCUUAAUGCAUUAUUAGAAUCGUUCAGUUAGCAGGGAGAUCUGGAGAGAAGUGGAAGAGUAACAGUUUAAGAGUGUGGGAAAGACCAUUGUUUUCAUGGAUUAGUAUCUGAUUUUUUUGCUCCUAUGAUCCUUACUGGAGUUUCAUAUGGGUUGGUGUUUUUCUCCAGGGUCAAUAUCAGCCUGUUUAAAAUGAGUUUAAGGCUAUUCUAACAUUGAAGAUCCCAGGAACUAGUGGAGAUUUGGCCUUUAACUAAUACAGUCAUCCUCUGUAGAGUGGGGGUAGGUUUGAGGUGGUACUGGAGGGGCUGGAACCACCUACAGUGCCCCAGCCCUGAGGAAUGCUGCCCUCUAGGUAUGAGAUGAGAUAGGCCCAAAUAUGACUACUGUGCACACUGAGUAUCUUAUCAGGAUGGUGGUUGUUGUUAGAUGCCUUCAAAUUGGUUCUGAUUCAUAGUGACCCUAUGUACAACAGAAUGAAACACUGCCCGGUCCUAGUCCAUCCUUACAGUUGUUGUUAUGCUCAAGCCCAUUGUUGUAGCCACUGUGUCAAUCCAUCUUAUUGAGGGUCUUCCUCUUUUUUGCUGACCCUCUACUUUGCCAAGCAUGAUGUCCUUCUCCAGGGACUGGUCCCUCCUGAUAAUAUGCCCAAAAUGUGUGAGACAAAGUCUCACCAUCCUUGCUUCUAAAGAGCAUUCUGGUGUACUUCUUCCGAGACAGUCUUGUUCAUUCUUCUGGCCGUCCUUGGUAUGUUCGGUAUUCUUCACCAACACCAUAAUUCAAAGGCGUCAGUUCUUCUUCAGUCUUUCUUAUUAAUUGUCCAGCUUUUAUAUGCUUUUGAGGUGAUUUGAAAACACCAUGACUUGGGUCAGGGGCACCUUAGUCCUUAAAGUGAUAUCUUUGCUUUUUUAACACUUUAAAGUAGCAGAUUUGCCCAUUGCAAUGCAUCAUUUGAUUUCUUGAAUGCUGCUUCCAGGGUUAGAGGUAAGACUAAAGAGAAUGAGAAACUCUCUCUCUGACAUUUUAACAUUCAAACAGAUAUUUGAGCACCUAAUAUGUGCCAAGCGUAACUGUGGGUGCUUGGGGAUAUAGGGGUAUAUAAGUACCUGCUUAUAUGGAAUUUAGAAGUAGUAGAGGGGACGUGUAGAUAAAUAACUUUAGAUAGUGAAGCCUCUAAAAAAAGGACUUAAUGUUUGCUAAAGUGAAAGGUCAGCAAAAAUGAGAAGAACCAUCAAUGAUGUGUAUAAUGGAUUGAAUCAUGUCCCCCCAAAAUACGUGUGAACUUGGUUAGGCCUCGUGUGGUUGUCCUUUAUUUUAUGAUUUCCCUGUGUGUUAUAAAUCAUAAUCUCUGCCUGUGGUUAAAAAGGAUUAGGGUGGGAUGUAAGAUACCCUUGCUCAGGCCACAUCCCUGACCCAAUAUCAAAGGAAUUUCCCUGAGGUGUGGCCUGCACCACCUUUUAUCUUGCAAGAGAUAAAAGGAAAAGGAAGCAAGCAGAGAGUUGGGGAAACUCAUACCACCAAGAAAGCUGUACCAGGAGCAGAGCAUGUCCUUUGGAUUUAGGGUUCCUGUACAAAGAAACUCCUAGUCUGGGGGAAGAUUAAUGAGAAGGGUGACAGAGAUGGCACAGGACUGGGCAGCAUUUUAUUCUGUAAUACAUAAGAUCAGCAUGAGUCAGAGCCAACUCAACGACAAGUAACAACAAUAACAGAUAGUGAAGUAUAAAAGAAAACUAUAGCAAGGUAUGCAGACAAAUCGCGAUAGGCUGGCCAGCAUCGGUAAGGUAGGUGGUUACUAAGACCUCUUUAAGGAGGUGGCAUGAGCCCAGGCCAAAUGAGGAGGAGCUACUUAAGAGCUUUCCAGGCAGAGCAACAGCAAGUGCAGAGGUCCUGAUGAAGAAAUGUCUUUGGGUAUUCAAGGAAUACAAAGAUCUUUGUGGCUGGAGUAUGGUAAGGGAGGGGAAAAUGAAAGAUGAAGUUGGAGAGAGAGAGAGUAAAGCAAGGUUAAGAAAUGAAUAUCCCAGGAAAGAAUUCAUCUUGGGAAGCUUCAUAAAGAAUAAAGUCAACAGUGCAUGUAAAGUUACAUAAGUAAAAUUAUCAUAUUUGUAGUUUUAAGAACAAAACUGGAGGCUCAGUAGAAUAACUAGGAAUAAGUAGGUGUCUUAUGUCAAGCAAGGUAGCAGGAUGAUGGAGCUUCAAAGCCUAGUGUUUGACUUGCUGCAACUAACAAAUUGUUCUUGUUAGAAUAUCUCCAGAAGAAACACUAGUACACUCGUGUAUGAGGUUUUUGAAAGUGAUGGCAAUCUCCUUUUAAAAUAAUUCUUAAGCAGUUGAGUAGAUUUUUUUUUCCCUUGACAAGUUAACUCAGCCUGAUUCUUCACUGUAGUUCCUCUAAGUACAGCUCAGCAUUUCCCCAUCUUUUGCAAUGGAGAGGCAUCGAUCUUCCAAGAGGUAGCCUGAACCUUCAGCUGGGGACUUGUGCUGCUUACUAAUAGUUUUCUUUAUAGUGGCAGUGGUUCAGUGUUAUUGAAUGCUUGCCCGUAAGAUAGUCUAUCCCUGUGAAUAAAAACCACCUUGGGAAACCUCUGCAUUUUAGAAGAUCUUCAUGAUGCUGGCAAAAUGUGCAGGUGAAAUUUAAUUUUGUAUUCAAAUUAACAAACACAUGCAGUUUGCUUACAGAAACCAAAUAAUUAGAUUCACAGCUAUUCUAUUUACAUGAAUAAAUAUGGAUUUUCCACCUAUUAUAAAUUCUGUUUUGUUUGGAAGACAGUGAAUAUUGAGGCAUCGUGGAGACUUGCCAAACAUCUGGGCAUCUGACACUCCUGGAAUCCAAGAAACAAGCCUGAAGUCUUCAAAUUCCAUCAUACAGCUUGCAGUGUACCGUUCGUAUUGUAAAGAGCAAAGUGUAGAGUGUGUAAGUUUACUGGUUUAUUUUUCUUUUGGCAGAAUUAAGAUGCUUUGGUUUCAAGGCAAUAGAAUACAACUUGCCAAAUACUCUUUUGGAUUCCUCUUGAGAAAUCUCUCUGCCUCUAAGACUACUCUGCCUGUGCUGACCUUAUUCACAAAGGAUCCAUGCCCCCUUUGUGAUGAAGCCAAGGAAGUACUCAAGCCUUAUAAUAACAGGUUUAUUUUACAGGAGGUGGACAUCACACUUCCAGAAAAUUCUGCUUGGUAUGAAAGGUAUAAAUUUGACAUUCCUGUCUUCCAUUUGAAUGGCCAAUUUCUGAUGAUGCAUCGAGUAAACAUCUUAAAGCUUGAAAAACAGCUCCUGAAACUUGAGCAGCAAGGUGCCAGAGGCUGACUAAUGCCCUCAUGAUUUUUCACCCCCUCUGUCCACAAGGCAUCUUCCUGAGGAAAUGACCAUGGCCGCCACAUACUCCUUUUGCCACUUUUACACAACCCUGAAGGGUGUUCUGAACUCAGUGGGUGCCAAUAAACGUUGCCAUUCCUCUUCUGAUUGAUAGAAGCACUAAUAUGGGAACUGUUUACCUGUUGGCAUUUUAUAAAAUAAGAAGAGUGCAUUGACAGGGACGGGGAUGAUGGAGGGAGGGAGAAGUUGAUUUGUCUUAUUUAUUUUCCCGUUUUGCAUUAAUGUGGAGGUACUUUACAUUCACUGGCCAGUGUCGUUUAGAGGUAGAACACUGCGUCCCUGCUGCUGCCCUGGAAGGCUUAACUUUUUAAUGAAAGAAUAAAUGCUUUUCUACUCAGUAGAUAAAGUAAAAUGUGAUUGUUAAUACACUGUGCACAGUCAAUAAAGGUGUGUUUUAACGAAUACACCUGCAUGAAGCCUGUUUCAGUGGGGUUUAAUAAUACCCGUUUAAAAUUAGAGUUCAUUUUUGUUGGGUAGGAGAGAAUAGUGAUCCUAGCCGAAGAGGCUUCAUUUGAGAAAAACAAAAGACAGACAACCCCCAAAAAGGUAUAAGAAUUUCAACGUGCUUUACGCAUAGUCAGUGAAUUGAUUCGUAACAUUUCAGGACUGCCUUUGAUAGUUAUCCAGUUAUCAUCAAUCAAGUUCAUUAAGCUUAUUAUAAUAAAACAGUAGCUUUAUCAAGUUUUAAUAUCUGGGGAAAAUUCACUUCUAACCAUAACUGGAUGGAUUUGUCAUCUAAAGACAAAAUACGCUUUUCACCAUUUUAUGUCAAGUGUUAAAAAUACAGGUGGGCACGCUUAUUUAUAUUUAGUCAGAUUCAGCCAAUAUACAAAUGGAUCCAUUUAAAAGUAAAGCUGGCUUUUCCUCUUAAAAUCACAUCAUUGCAGUUUCAUCUAUAAUGAAAUUCUUUGAUGAACUAUUUUAAUGAAUCUGGAUAUUGUGAGUCAUUUGGCUACGUUUUAAUUUGAGCAGUGUGAUUUAGUCUUAGAAACUAUAGUCUGUUAGAGCUGGCACACCUUAGACUUUGUCCAGUCCAGCCCCCCAUGUGAAGGGGAAGAAUCUGAAAUUCAGAGAAUGCCAGAGACUUAUUCUGAGAUCACACAGCCAGUCAGCUGCAGGGCCAGGUUUUGCCCCCAGACCCUAAUUGCAGACCACCUGGAUUCACAUCAGGGACCUCAUUGUAUUAUCUCCCUACAGCAUCAACUAUCUGGAUCCACCACAAAUUUAGAAGAAACUGUAAAAAGCCCUCUAAAGUAACAAUAGAAAAAAAAAAUCCUAUAAUCAAAUAGCAGUUUUUAUAGUUUACAAAUUUCUGGAACACGUAUUAUUUGGUAUUGUAGAUAUUUUUUGAGCCUUGUGGUAGGCAGAAUUCUAAGAUGACCCCAGUUACCCUGCUAUUCAUGAAGUUUUCACUGGCCAAAUUUUUUUAGAAGAAUUGAUCAACAUUCAACCAUUUCAGGAGGUAGCACAUGAUCAAGAACUGAUGGUACUGAAGAAAGAAGUCCAAGCAGUACCGAAGGCAUUGGCAAAAAACAAGGCUCUAGGAAUUGAUGGAAUUCCAAUUGAGCUAUUUCAACAAAUAGAUGCAAUACUGGAAGCAGUUACUUGUCUGUGACAAGAAAUUUGGAAUACAGUUACCUGGCCAACCUACUGGAAGAGAUUCGUAUUUGUGCCCAUUCCAAAUAAAGGUGAUCUAACAGAAUGCAGAAAUUAUAGAACGAUAUCGUUAAUAUCACAUGGAAGUAAAAUGUUGCUGAAGAUAAUGCAAGAACCAUUGCAACAGUACAUCAACAGGGAACUGCUAUAAAUUCAAGCUGGAUUCAGAAGAGGACACGGAACUAGGGAUCUCAUGCUGAUGUCAGAUGGAUCUUGGCUGAAAGUAGAGAAUACCAAAUAGAUGUUUACCUGUGUUUUAUUGAUGAUGCAAAGGUAUUCCACUGUAUGGAUCAUAACAAAUUAUAGAUAACAUCGUGAAGAAUGAGAAUUUCAGAACACUUAAUUGUGCUCAUGUGGAACCUGUACAUAGACAAAGAGGCAGUCAUUCGAACAGAACAAGGGGAUACUGCGUGGUUUAAAAUCAGAGAAGGCGUGCAUCAGGAUUGUAUCCUUUCACCAUAUUUAUUCAAUCUGAGAAGCUGGACUAUAUGAAGAAGAACACGGCAUCCGGUUUGGAGAAAGACUCACUAACAACCCGCAAUAUGCAGAUGAUCCAACCUUGUUUGCUGAAAGCAAAGAGGACUUCAAGCACUUACUGAUGAAGGUCAAAGACCACAGCCUUCAGUAUGGAUUACACUUCAACAUAAAGAAAGCAAAAAUUCUCACGACUGGACCAAUAAGCAACAUCGUGAUAAAUGGAGAAAAGAUUGAAGUUGUAAAGGAUUUCAUUUUACUUGGAUCCACAAUUACUGCCCAUGGAAGCAGCAGUCAAGAAAUCAAAUGACACAUUGCAUUGGCUAAAUCCGCUGCAGAAGACCUCUUUAAAGUGUUAAAAUGCAAAGAUGUUACUUUGAAGACUAAGGUGCACCUGACCCAAGCCAUGGUAUUUUUGGUCGCCUCAUAUGCAUGCAAAAGCUGGACAAUGAAUAAAGAAGACCGAAAAGAAUCAAUGCCGUUGAAUUAUGGUGUCGGAAAAGAAUAUUGAAUAUACCAUGGACUGCCAGGAGAACAAACAAAUCUGUCUUGGAAGAAGUACAGCCAGAAUGCUUUUAGAAGCAAGAAUGGCAAGACUUCAUCUCACAUACUUUGGACACAUUCUCAGGAGGGACCAGUCCCUGGAGAAGGACAUCAUGCUUGAUAAAGCAGAAGAUCAGCAAAAAAGAGGAAGACCCUCAAUGAGAUGUAUUAACACAGUGGCUGCAACAAUGGGCUCAAACAUAGCAUUGAUUGUGAGGAUGGCACAGGACCGGGCAGUGUUUUGUUCUGUUGUACAUAGGGUCGCUGUGAGUCGGAACCAACUCAGUGGCACUUAACAACAAUAGCCAUUACCCUUGUAUAAUCCCCUCCCUUUUGGAGUGUGGGUGGAACCUGUGAAUAUAAUUAAAUAUCACUCUGCGAUUAUAGUACAUUAUAUAGAAAAAGGGAGAUUAUCCUGGUGGGCCUGACCUAAUGAGGUGAGCCCUUUAAAAACAGAGUUCUCUCUGGAUGGUUGCAGGAGAGAAAGAGAAACACACUCCAGCUAGCCUGUCGGAACACAAACAUCUAGGUUAUGAACUCUCUAGGGGGCUAAACAGCAAGGAACUGAGUGGCUUCUAGAAACAGAGAACAGUCUUUGACCAACAGUUAACAGGAAAAUGAGGAUGUCCAUCUUCAGCUUUGAGGAAAUAAACUCUGCCAAUAAUCCAUGAUCUUGGAAGAGGGCCCCAAUCCCCUGGCCAGCACCUUGAUUUUAGCCUGGUAAGACCCGGAGCAGAGAAUCCAGCCACACCGGGCCAACUUCUGAUCUACAGAAACUGUGAGAUAAUAAAUUUGUGUUGUUUUAAGCUGCUAAGUUUAUGGUAAUUAGUUUUCCACCAAGAGAAAACUAAUACAAAUCCCUAUGUCCUGAAGCACAAUGGUAGGUGUUGGACAUACAAAAAUGAAUAAGACACAGUCCUUGUCUUUGAGACACUCACUGUCUCUUAGGGAACAGGGAGAGACAAGUUAAUAAAGCACUACACCAUAGUGUAGUGAGAGCCAGAACUCAGGUAUAUGUAAAGUGGGACAGCAGCAGGAGGGGGGCAAAAAAUGAGACUUCAACAAGGUCUUGAUGGUUGAAUAGAAGCAAUGGAAGGGAGUUUUAGGUAAGGAGGAUAUUCCAUCCUGGGUGAACAAUAAUUGCGAAAUAUGAGAGUGUAGAAGGGCCUGGCAGAUUUAGGAAAUGGCAUGUGGUUUCAUGUGGCUCAAGUGAAGGGGAGGAGAGAGAAGGAGAUGGACAAGAUAAACUGGGGUCCAGAGGGGACUGCUGAGCUUAACAUGCUUAAGGGCUGGAACGACUGUGACAUACUAGGGCAGGAAUGCCAGAUGCCCCUGAGGAAUCAGGAACCAGGGGUGCGGACUCUGGAUAAAGGAAGGAAGCAACGGAGGCCACCACUGCUGGGAAAAGAACAUAAUGCUCAAGGCAAACUUUUUUUUAAUAUAUAUAUUUUUACUAUUUUUUUUAUUGGGAACUUCACAUGAAGAUUUACAGAACAAACUACCUUUUCAUUAAACAGUACACAUAUUGUUUUAUGACACUGGUUAUGAUAUGUCAGCACUCUCCCUUCUUAACCUUGGGUUCCCUAUUACCAACUUGCCUGUCUCCUCCUGCUCAAGGCAGACAUUUUUUUACUAGUCAAGCUAAACUAUUUGGGUUUAAAAAGAAUUCAGGGGAUAACUUAUCCUUGAGAGAGAAGUGUGGUUAUGUGGCUAAAAUUACAGGAGAUCUUCUAUAAUCUCUAGUCCCAACAGUUGGCAAACUGAAAGGCAGAUAUCUAAAACAUGGCAUCCAAAAGCUGAUUUGAUUAUCCCUCUGUUGAUAUAUACCUAAAAGUCUUCAGUCACUUACUAUCGCCAUUUUCAGGUGGUAUUUUUUUCUGUUUGAGAUGACUUUUGCAGGAAUCAACUUGUUCUUAUAUAAUGACUAAUUUUGACACAAUAAGCUCAUAAUAUUACCCCCCCCAAAGGAAAAAAGUGACCCAACCUCUUUUCCUAAGCUAAUGGUUUCAGAGAGAAUAGAAUAAAUGUUGAGUUGGGACUUCAUAUUUUUGGAGCUCUGGUGGCACAGUGAUUAAACACGGCUGCUAACUGAAAGGUCAUUGGUUCAAAUCCAUCAGCCACCCUGUGGGAGAAAGAUGUGGCAGUCUGCUUCCGUAAAGAUCGCAACCUUGUAAACCCUUUGGGGCAGUUCUACUCUGUACUGUCAGGUCGCUAUGAGUCGGAUUCAACUCGACAGCAGUGGGGAUUUUUUGCUUUUUUGUUUUUAGUUGUUUCUCUUAGAACAGCUACAUUGCUGCUUUCUUCCAGAUGUCUCAUCAUGACAUAUAAGGACUUACAGGAAUACAUAAGCCUUUGGCCAAUUUAUUUUAGGAAGCAAUGGUUCACUCACACUGGGGCCCCACUCAGAAGGGUGGCUCCCGGAGGGUUUGGUAAUAAUAAAGGAAUCUGACAACAGGAAUCACAAUAUUGGCAGGACUUAGGAAAUAUUAUUAAGAAACCACCAAAAACUAAGCCAGAGCCCUUCUCACAGAGCUUCAGCUUCUUUCUCUCCCGGUUCUCUCCUGGCUGACUAGCUCCCCUGCCUACACAAGGUUUCUGCGUCUGCAGCUCGCUCAUGCUCAUCAUUCCUGCUGACCUUUCCAUUCAGCAGUACAGUGGUUUGAGUACCUCAGCUUCUCUAUCCUAAAAUCCCUCAAGAGGAAUUUUACUCAACUUGUAUUUUAUAACCAGUCACCCAAGUCAUAAAUUGGGUGAUGAAGCCUAUACGAGGAGCCAUGCUUGGGUCAGCUGCCCAUCCACGGCCCAGUCAGCUAUGAGGGGUAAGGUCAUGUGGUAUGCAAAUUAUAGUCAUUGCCCACUUAGCAGACAGUAGAAGCAGGGCUAGCAGUGAUCAGUAAUUCUGGUAUGCAUCCAAAAAGUUUAAGAGUGUGUCAUGUCAUAUUCAAGAGAAGUAUAGUUUAAUAAGCUCAUUUAUAUCUUACUCCAUAAGAUUCCUGUGGGAGUUAUGAGAACUUGAGCCAAGGCAUUGGCACUGCAGCAGAAAGAGAUAUCAAGAGACACUAAGAGUGUGGCCAUCCAAAGUACAAUAACUGUUUCUCUCUUUGAAUGGAGCAAAAGAAGGAGAGUCAGGAGUAGGAGGAGGAAAUGGAAUGUGUGGCUAAUUGCCUCCAUGAACAACUGCCUCCUUUGCCAUAAGACCAGAACUGGAUGGUGCCCGGCCACCAUUUCUGAACACUUUGACCAAAGAUUUCAUAGAAGAAUCCUGAUCAAAACGGGGAAACUGUAGAACAAAAAUACAAUUCUUGUUGAUUACAGAUUUUCUGGAGCCAUGGAGCUUGAAUGAACUGCUGAAACUAUUGCUUUGAGGUAAUCUUCAAUCUUUAAACCAAAAAUAUCCCCUGAAGUCUUCUUAAAACAAUAAUUUAGCUUAACUUGUAAAGAAAGUCUGCCUUGAGCAUUAUGCUUUUUUAAGAUCUAUCUACAUGGACUGUUCGCAAUACCCAAAAGGUGGAAACAACCUAAAUGCCCAUCAGUGGAUGAAUGCAUAAACAAAAUGUGGUACAUAUAUACAAUGGAACACUACUCAUCCAAUAAGAGAAGUAAAGUCUUGAUACAUGCUACAAUAUGUAUGGAGCUUGAAGACAUUAUGCUGAGUAAACAGUCAAUCACAAAAUGACAAAUACUGUAUGACCAGACUUAUAUCAAAAGUCAAGAACAGGCAAAUGUAUAGAAAACAAAGUUUAUUAGUGGUUACCAGGGAUGGGAGGGGGAAAAGGGGGGUUAUUACUUAUGAAGAGUACUGAGUUUUAGUUUAUGGUAAUGGAAAUACCACAUUAAGGAUAGGGUUGCACAGCCAAUUAUAAUUGCUGUCAAUAAGUUGUACACCUGUAAAAAGUUGAACUGGCAAAAGUUGUGUGAUAUAUUGACAAUGACAACAACAAAAGAUUAACUUCUGAGGCUGCUUAUGUACAACCAAACACCGUAUGGGAUUUAGUUUCCUGGUGUGAAGGUUUAGGGUCAUGGUUUCAUGGGACAUCCCAGUUAAUUAGCCUAAUAUUGUAUUCAUGGCAUAUUGCCUGGGGUCUUAAAAGCUUGCAAGCAGCCAUCCAAGGUACAACUGGUCUCUAUUUGCCUGGAGCAACAGAGGAAGGAGACUCAGUAACAGGAGGAGGAAACAGAAUGUGUGACUGAUUGCCUCCAUGAAAAACUGUCUCCUUUGACAUGAGAUCAGAAGAAUUGGAUUGUGCCUGGCUGCCAUUACUGAACAUUUUGAUCAAAGAUUCUAUAGAAGCAUCCUGAUCAAAAGGGGGAAAAUGCAUAACAGAAUUUAAAAUUCUUAUGGACUCCAGACUUUCUGGAACCAGUGAGGCCAGAUGAACCACCGAAACUAUUGCCCUGAGAUAAUCUUUAAACAUUGAAACAAAAAUAUCCCCUGAAGUCUUUUUAAGAACUAUCCAUAUGGGAUCAAAUUAACAACAGCAACUGGAAAGAUUAGAUAGGAACCUUAGUGGGUAGUGAGUUUGUGUUAAUGCGGGAGGAACAACUCAGAAAAGAAGAGUGAGAAUGAUUAUAGAACUCAAAUAAUAUAAUCAAUGUCACUGCAUUAUAAUCAUAGAAACUUAAAUUGGUGUAUGUUUUUGUUGUGUAUAGUCUCAAUAACAACAAAAUUAAUAUUUGUAAAAAGAGAAGAUAUUAGGAAUGAGGUUGACAGAACUUCAAAACUGACCUGAUUAGGGGUGAGAGGGAAGGGAAACAGAAGAUGAAGUCUGGGAUGACUCUCAGUCUUCUUGCUUUGGCUAUUCACAUAGGUAGAAGAAGAGCCAUUGAAGGUAAAUGAGAAUGAGAGGUGAUAGAAGUAGGAGUGAAACAUUAUUUGAUGCCUUACAUUAUUUGAUGGUGCCAAGUACUAGUCUAAGUACUGCGGAUAGGGCAGCAAGCAAGAUAGUCAAGGUUGCUACUCUCAUGGGGCUUACAUUCUAAAAUAGCCCGGUGUCCUACUCUCAUGCGGCUUACAUUCUAAAAUAGCCAAGUGUCCUACUCUCAUGCAGCUUACGUUCUAAAAUAGCCAAGUGUCCUACUCUCAUGCGGCUUACAUUCUAGAGGGAGAGAGAGCAAUAAAGAUAUCACAUCUGUGGAAAAUAACCAUACCCCGAAAGUCAAGGGAGGGGCUCUUCCCACUGCAAUUGACAGUUUCAAAUAUCAAGAGAAAUAGGAUGAUAACUGAAAAGAAGACAUUGGAUUUGACAUUUAAGAAGUCAGUGGAGUGGUCGAACUAAUGGCCUCCAAAGAUAUCCAGGUUCUAAUCCCUGGAAUUUGGAUGUCACUUUAUAUAGCAAAAGGGACUUUGCAGAUGCAAUUAAGGACCUUGAGCUGGGGAAAUUAUCUUGGAUUAUGUAGGUGGGUCCUAAUUGCAAUCACAAGUGUCCUUGUAGGAGGGAGACAUAGGGAGACAGAAGAGGAAGUAGGAGACCUGAUGACAGAAACAAGAGGUUGGAAUGAUGUGAGGAAGGGGUCGCAAGCCAAGGAAGACAAGCAGCCUCCAGAAGAAGAAAAGGCAAGAAAACAGAUGCUCCCUUCAAGCCUCUAGAAGGAACCAUUCCUGAAGACACCUUGACUUUAGCCCAGUGAAACAGUUUCAGAAUUCUGGCCUACAGAGCUGUAAGAGAAUAAAUUUGCAUUGUUUUAAGUCACCAAGUUUGUGGUAACUGGCUACAGCAACAAAAGAAAACUAAUAAGAAUGGUGACUUGACCUUAUUGAGAACAAUUUUAGUGAUGGUAAGGGGUGCAGACUGAAAGAAAACUACAAUAGAGUGAUGAGUAAGGGGUUCAGAAAAGAUCGCACAGUAUCAGUCUCUCAGGGAUUUUUCAAAUAUUUCUCAUUUGACCAUCUAAGAAAAAGCAUCAGAGAGAAGAGCUGAAGACCUGAUCUAACUGAUUAGCUCAACACCCAAAAAUGGUAGGCAAUAUUGGGGCAAUACCAGGACAAAGCAACCAUAACUUUCAGCUUCUCUUAGAAAAGCUAAACAAAUGCGCAGCAGGAUUCAAGGCAGCCUCACCACAGUCUUGGGGGACAUUGAGGUCAAUUGGUGUAGCAUAAUCCAUACAGACAAAGUUCUAUAUCCUACCUUGGUGAGUAGCAACUAGGGUCUUAAAAGCUUGUGAGCAGCCAUAUAAGAUAAAACAAUUGGUCUCUUGCCGUCUUGUGCAAAGAAGAGUGAAGAAAACCAAAGACUCAGGGAAACAAUUAGUCCAAACAACUAAUGGACCACAUGAACCAUGGCCUCCACUAGCCUGAGACCAGAAAAACUAGACGGUGCCCAGCUACCACUACUGACCGCUCUGACCUUAGGUCAUGGACAGAGCAGGAGAAAAAUGUACAAGAGAAUUCAAACUCAUAAAUAAGACCAGACUUACUACCGGUCUGAUAGAGACUGGUGGAACUCCUGAGACUAUGGCCCUUAGACAUCCUUCAGACUUGGAACUGAAAUCACUCCUAGAGAUCACAUCAUAGCCAUACAACAGACAAGCCUUUAAAAUGAACAAUAACACCAGUAAAGAAUGUAUACCUCAGAACAAUCAACUAUAUGAAACCUAAAGGGCAGCACUUGCCCAAAAACGAAGUUAUGAAGGAUGGUUGGGGCAGGAAAGAUGGGCGAACGGACAGGGUGAAUCCAAGUAGGAAGCGGGGAGAGUGCUGACACAUUCAGGGGUUUGCAACCAAUGUCACGAAACAAGCUGUGUAUGAACUGUUGAAUGGGAAACUAAUUAUCUCUGUAAACUGUCACCUAAACAACAAAAUGUUAAAAAAGAAAAAAUUCAAGGCAGCAUCCAGAGUGACCCUGACACUGGAGACUGUUUACCAUGGCAACCUGUCCUAGUCCACAGCCACACGCACCGUACUAGACUCUUGUUCAUCACAGAGACCAGGAUACUUUUAUAUUGUGACUCCAAAUCCUGCACGUGGCACAGCCUCAUCUCUCCAUUGACACAAAAUCCAUGCCAACCAUCAAGGUGGAGUUAGCAGAGAAUGGCUUCUUUCCACCAUUUUUGGUUUAGCACCAAUGUUUUGCAUUAACCUUCCCUCUCAAGUUCAAACAAGUUCUAAAUUCUAAAGCUUUGAUGAGCAGAAGAAGCUGCAGGAAAGUGAAAAAAGGACUAAAAUCAUAAAGGAAAAUGUAGAAAGCAGCACAUAGGAGCAGUGUCAGCCAAUAGAGUAGAAGCAGUAAGAAGAAUCCAGCCAAAGGCCCAUACUGAAUGUCAAGGGAGUCCUCUCUUCAUGCUGAAAUUUACAUUUCAGCUAUUUCUAAUGGACAAUCUUCUACCCUCAGAAACAAGGUCCCACACCCAGUGCAGCAAGGUAGGCCUAAUAUAGUUGCAACUUUUCUUAAUGAUUCAGGAACACCCAAACACAGAAAGGAUACUAAUUAAAAGUAAGUUCUUUUUUUCAGCCUAUGGCCCCAUUGUGCUACUCACAAUGACCAAUGUGACUCCUUCAGAAAUGCUGAUGGUCUUACUGCAACAUUGUAUUGUACAGAAGAACAUGGCAAUGACCCUGAGUCCUUAGGACAAGGUCAACCCACGCCCUGACCACUAAGACGGGAGAGAAGGAAACCGACUUCAGAAAACAUUUCCCUCAAAAAUGAGUUAAAAUUUCAUCAUGGGACUAGGUUAACUUUCAGCUGGGAAACUCUCUUAUUCAGAACAACUUAUUCCUUGACCAGGAAAGUGAGGCAUUGUUGUAUGUCCUUUGUUACCAACUUAAUGCUAAGAAAAUGGGCAUCAGUUCACAGUGUGGGUAAUAAAAAGGUGUUCAGCGUUGGAAAGUAACUGCCAGAGGAGCUAAGUUUUAAGAUUUAAUUCCACCUCACCUUCCGUUUUCUUUAUAAAGUAAUCCUUAAAAUAAGGCUAGCAUCUCUUUUAAGGUCUGAGGAGAUCAAUGCAUUCAGAAACCACAGAUUGUAGGAUUUAGUUCCAUUGUGAUGCUGACUUCUAGUAUUAGCCUUCUGUGCUGCAUGACAGCUCUUGUCUUGCAAACUAGCAGGGAUCCUGAAUUUGGCAAGGAUCCUGCUCUGUGGAGCAUUUACAAGAUAGGGUUUUUAGCAACAUCAGAUUUCUCUAAACCAGUCAUAGAGAAAAGGUUGAGAGGGCAAAGGAUGCUACUGAGUUCUCACCUAACAGCACAAAACAAUAACCUCUCAGCUGUCACAUGUAGGCCAAUAUGUCCAGGGUGGUCAUGGCCAGUCCCAUGAUGAAAUUUUAACUCAUUUUUGAGGAAAAUGUUUUCUAAAUACAUCCAGGGUGCUCAUGGCCUUUGAGUUGGAAAAGUGUUUUUUUGUUGUUGUUGUUUGUUUUUUUAAUCUCUUUACCUUCCCAAAUAAAUUUAAUAGAUAAAACAAAAUUUAGAUAUUUCCUCCUUUGGGUCUAUCCAUUGAAAAUGUUGUUUUCUAUUUGUAUAUGUGUGAACACACGGAAAAUACAAUAUUGUGUUUCUUGGUAGGUUUUAUAACCUGUUCACAAUGUGAGGCCAAAGGAUGCCUUCAAGAGAAAUAAAGGACACUGCUGUCAUUCUAACUAAAUUGUCCAGAGGGAGAAGAAAGGGUAGAACAGAUCAUUACAAAUACUUAGAAAGAAGCAUUGCUUUGCUGCUGGUGCAGAGCCUGUAAUUAUGUGUAAUUCCCCACUUAGACUUUCUAGUUAUGUUGAACACUCAAAUGAUGGGAAGAGAAAACAGAAAAGAGAAGAUUUAAACAUUCGAAGUAAGGUGCCGGUUUAAAUGGAGACAUCAUCUCACCAUAAAGGGCAGUUAAGAGUUUGGUAGUCUUGCUGGCAUGCUAUUAUUAUCAAAUCUUUUUUUUUUUUUUAAAUCAUGGAUUUGGUAUCCUUAUAAAUCUUCCUUAUUAUUUUAAAGUCAAGAAUGGUUCCUUCUGCUCACAAAACAUGAUCACUUUUCAUCGACAUUUUUUAACGCUCUGACUGGUUUUGCAUAUCUGGAAAAGAUAAAUCUUCAAACCCUGGAAAUAAAUCUUCUUUUUCCUCCCUGCCAAAUCCAUAAUAUGACCCCUUUCUAUCACUGACAGCACCAUCAGAUAAGUGGACGUGCCUUGCUUGGUUAGAAGUGUGCUAUGAUUUUCAACAGGGAUAAGAAUGUAGUUAGAGACCCAGACUAAGCCAUGUUCCACAUAGGUUUCAGAUUCUUUUCAGUUCUGUCCUGAAAGUGUCCCUGAAAACUUACCCAUCUGAUUGUGGGAGUGCUCAUUCAGGGCCAACAUCCUCCCAACUCCUGUCUCAUGGCGGGGAGAAAGGAGACCUUCAGGGCUUGGGCUGCACAGGACAUGAGAAGACGGGAGAAUAGAUAGAUUCUAAGGAGUUCCUGGGUGGUACAAGUAGUUAAAGCACUCAGCUGCUAACCCAAAGGUUGGAGGUCUGAGUCUACCCAAAGGUGCCUGGGAAGAAAGGCCUGGAGAUCUACUUCCAAAAAAUCAGCCACUGAAAGCCCUACGGAGCACAGCUCUACUCUGACCCUCGUGGGGUUGCCGUGAGUCAGAGGCAACUCCCAGCAACUGGUUUAGGUUCUUCCUCCACUCCUCAAAAUGGAGAUGAGUUUAUACCAGAAUUGGUGCUCUGAACAAGCUGGGAAGAGGAGGCCAAAGUGAAGAUGAGUAAACCACAGAAUCACUCGGAGGCAUCAGAAAAUGAAGUUUGAGAUCCUAGAACAGCACUGAAUUUUUUCCUGUUCUCUUUUAUCAUUUAUAAGUCAAAUGUGCAACAGAAGAAGAGGAAUAACAUUUAUGUUAUUAUAUCCUACAGUUGUAUACCAUUUUCUAUUUUUCCCCAACUUUUAUUUAAAAAAAAAUAUUUUAUUCUUUCAGCAACCCCAUGAUAUAAACAGAGCCAGUAUUAUUAUCUUUAUUUUUGAGAUGAGAACAGUGAGGCCCAUAAAGGGGAAAUAUCCUUCAGAAGGUCAUUCAGUGUCUCCUCUAAGACAUUUGAAGGAAUAUACCCAAUUCUGCUUUCAUUUAAUCCAGAACUUUUACCCUACUGGCUUUAAGCAUCCCUUUCUGCCUUCUCCCUUUGGUGGUUCCCUUUUGAACAUGAAACCUCACCAACUGUGGAAGGGAGAUGGAUCCAUGUUCAGAGUUGCAGAGAACUGUUGUUUGAAGAUCCCCAAGGGACCUGUCUCCAUUGCUUACCAGCAAAACAGCCGUUUGAACCUGUGAUGGAAGUCCCUUAGACGUGGCUGCUGGGAUUCCUCCCACUUGAGACUGCUGUAAUUAGCUCUGCUAUAACAACUGUGAUUGAACACGGCUUGUCGUAGUCAUUGCUCACCAAGAGGAAGAGAUGAGCCACUUCUCAGCGAGUGGUGUUCUAAAUGGCAUUCCCUGGUUGGCGAACUCGUGUGAGGCACUUGUCAGAGACACUGUUCCCAACCUCUGUUAGCAGCAGGCAGUGUCAUUGCAACACCUUCCGAAGCUGACAAAGGAGGCCUUAACAGGUCCCAGGGAGUGCACUGCCAUGCACUGGGAGAGACUGUUUCUAUUCUGACCUUGUCCAGGAUCUGGCUGCCCUUCCUUCUUCCGGAAAACAUAGGUGUGGCUUUGCAUGAUUAAGAGAAAAGGCAGUCUUUGUCUUCCUUCUCCUAAAGACUCCCAUGGUUUCAGAUCUUCCCAGUAGGAACACUUGUAAGUGAAAGUUAUAAUGGUACAUUCAGCUUAUGCUGUUCAGAGCCUGUGCCCUUAUUAGAAGCAAAACGAAGUGCUGCUUACAAACACCUGCCCAAAGGGACAGGACAGAGCCAAAUGGUAACGUGGGCGUUGGAUGGGAGGUGUUGCCCUGGCAGUAAAUCCAAGUUGCUCAUACCAAAGGAAGUGUUUCUAGGGGAGCUAUCUGAGCAAGAGGUAAAUACUUAGUCAUUCAGAACAGCCUAUAAAUGACUGCUACAUCUCCAAGAAGGGGAGGUUUGAUUUAAAAUAGCUCUCAGAAUGGGACAGCAUUUCUCUCUUCUAAGCUACCCUUUAUUAACAAUACGCAUUCAUUUGUUAAGAAACUUAAGGGUCUCUGUAAUCAAAACCUUAUCAAUAAAGUGUUAAAGUGCUACAAUUUGGUUGCUUGUAGUUUUUGCAUUAUGAUUCUAAAUAACUUAUCAAAAAAGGACCCAAGCCUUUAUUUGAUCUGAGAUACUAUGCUGCACAUAUCCUGUGCCUUCUCACCAACUCCCCGUCACUGUCACUGAGUUUUAUGAUUCUGCUUCUUAAAUGUCUUACCAAGUCUGUCUCCUUGUUUUAGUCCUCACUGCUAUACCAUAGAAGACUUCAUCCUCUCACCUAGGUAUUGCAAUAGCUUCCUAAAUGGUCUCCCCUGACCAUAGCCCUCCCACCCUAUCACCCAUUCACCUCUUCACCACUUCCAAUUAUCCUCCCAAAUCACUCACAAGCCAUCAUGGCUCCCCAUUGCUUACAUAAAUGAAAAUCAAACUAUAGAACUUAGCCCAGCAGUAGAACCCUGCAUUGAGCCCCAUCUACUAUACCCUUCAUACAUCUUAAAGUCCGUCUACUCCAGACAACCUGCCCUGGCACGAAAGUGCCAUCACUUUGAGCAUAACUUUCCUUCCCUCCUCCCACUGUACCUUACAAAAUGUAGUCAGGAAAUUUUCCGCCAACUUCUUCCAGUUCAAAUUAAUUAAUCAUUCCUUCCUCCAAGUUCAUAUAAAUUUAUAUAACAGCUUUAUUGAUAUAUGAUUCACAUGUCAUACAAGUCACCCAUUUACAGUAUACAAUUCAAUGGUUUCUAGUAUAGGUAGUCCCUGACUUACAACAGGGUUCAGUUCC